UGUAAAGCGGUUGUUUUGUAUCGGGCCCAGCAAGCGGCAUUCAUUUAUUUUCUCUUUCCUCCGUCCGUCAGUCGGUUUAUUGCCUGGUUCGUAUUGAGAACGCUACGAAAAACUAGUCCCUUUCGGUCCGUGUGUAGCGCAGGCCGCUGUUCUGUCGAAAAAAAUCGUCUCUUAAAGAAACCCGAACAACCAAAGUGCCUUUUCUUGAAAAAGGCUUUAGGAGAAUGUUAGUCAUGGGUUUUUGUUUAUUGCCUGGUUCGUGUUGAGAACGCUACGUAAAACUAGUCCCUUUCGGUCCGGGUGUAGAGAAGAAGUCCGCUGUUGUAUUGAAAAAAUCGUCUGUUACAGAAACUCGAACAACCAAAGUGCCUUUACGUGGAAAAUGCUUUAGGAGAAUGUUGGCCAAUCGUUUUUAGUGACUUUUAACAGUUUGGCGCGCUUAGUUUCCACCACUAUGAAGACUUUGAUUUUCCUUUCGGUUUUUUGCAUCGUUGCUUUAAUCCAAAAUUCCGCAGCAGAAAGAUGUGAAACAAUCUCGUUGGAGAUGUGCCAGAAUUUGGGAUACAAUUCCACACUAAUGCCGAAUCGGAUAGGCCAUCUCAGUCAGAUCAAUGCCGAUCUAGAGUUGAGAAUAUAUGAGCCUCUACUUCAACAUCAGUGCUCGAAAUACAUCCGACUGUUCAUCUGUUCCGUAUUCGUGCCGAUGUGUUCUGAACAUGUGCCAGGCCCGAUCUUGGCAUGUAAAGGACUGUGCGAAAAAGUAAAAGAGAACUGUGAGGAAACGUUUCUCACUAAUAAAGGCCUCAAAUGGCCCAAGGCGUUGAAUUGCUCUAGUUUUCCUGAGCCUCCAGCUCUAUGUAUGCAACAACCGGAGGAAAUAGAGCAAAUUCAAAUCCAUUAUUUCAACCCUGAAGAUACAGGAUUGGGUAUCAGUUGCCCACCAAACACUUUGCCUAGUGCGGGCAAGUGUGUUCCUGCUUGCAAGAGCAAGCAGCAUUUUGAUCCUAAAGAAGUUGCCACUUUUGAGCUCUGGGUUGGAAUAUCGUCAAUUAAUUGCUUGAUUUUCACCACUUUUGGGCUAAUUACUUUCAUCAUUCAACCCAAAAGGUUCAGAUGGCCAGCUCGGCCUAUCCUGUACUUGACUUCCUGCGGGUUUGUUAGCAGCACCAUUUAUUUAAUUCGAUGUAUAGAAGGACCAUAUACUUGUGCAGGAAAUCUCGCUUACGAGAAGCCAGCCGAAAGUCUCUCCUGCGUUGGAAUCGCCUUAAUUCUUCUCUUCUGUGAUAUCGCCUACACUCUUUGGUGGACAGUGUUCUGCUUAGUGUGGUUCCUCAGUGCCGUGAAAGAAUGGUCUACUGAAGCCAUAGAGAAAGUAUCCAGUCGCCUCCAUGCCAUUGUCUGGAUCUUCUCAGCUAUUCCCAUGUUCUAUGUGCUGAUGUCCAAUCAUAUCAGCAUCAAUCACCACUCGGGAUUCUGCGAAGUCACUAACAGAGUCCUGGUGGCGUUCCAGCUGUUUUUCAUGAUGAUUAGUAGCGUUUUGGCGUUACUGACCUCAGUUGCCUUAAAAGAUGUGCGGAAAACCCUCAUAAAUGCCGGCAGAAGUCCUGUGAAGCUAGAAAGACUAUUCUACCGACUGUUGGUGAUCAGUGUUGGAAUCAGUGUGCCUUACUUGAUGUACCUCAUGUUCCAGUUUUACCACACGUUUAAAUUAACUUUACUGAAAUUACUGUUAAGGAAGAGCAGUAUUAUUUUUGCUACUUUGUGGGUAUACAGUCCGAAAACGUAUUACAUGUGGCGGAACUUGAUUUGCUUUUGUAGAAAGUCGAAUAAUGAAACACAGAGUCAAAGCAACGGGAUGUUUUCCCAAGUGAUAUCAACAAUUCUACGGAGGGGCACUGAAGCCCCAUCCGGCGACAGUAUCCUCAUGGUGCAGAACAAAACCAUUACUGCUGAAAAAAAGAACACAAUUGUCCAUGUAUUUUUUACCAGAACCUCGCCUUCUGCCCCGGUAGCCAGGGUUUAGCGUCAGAAGAAUAAUCAGCUGUGUUCUCGAUGGAAACAACACAGUCAAUUGUGUAUAAACGGUUAUUUAUUCCCCUGUUAAUAGACGAUAUUGUAAUUUAUUGUUCAAAUGUGAUAUUAGGUAUAACUAUUUUAUAUCGAGUUUUGUAUUUAGAACAAACAGUUAUGUUCUAGUAACUUUAUCUUAUGUAAGAGAUGUACAUGACAAAUAUAAUUCUAGUUUUUA